GUCGAGUCGCCGUGCCUCACUUUGGAAACAAUCCGCAGACAGAAUUUCAGCACGUAGGGGACAGCUUCGAUUCCAGCCCUGAGGCAAGUAAACUGUCGUACCCAAGCACCGACCCCGCUUUCUCCUCCCUACACGACGAGAGGGUGGUUCGGGGAGGAGUUCGAUUCGUGUUGAGUUUGUCCUCAGAGGGCACUUGACCCUCCCCCAAAAACAGGCCCAAUUGGGUCCCCCCUCCCCCUCCGAAUAUGCCACCACCACUACCCCUGGGCAGCCAAAGGCUAGCCUUGCGCCCGGCCUCGAGCCUCGUCGCCAGCGUGCCGUUGCGGGCAGCAGCGACGUGCCCAACCACACACUCCAGCAGGACCGGCCCCAGGCAGUUCGGCACGACGCCGGCGCAAUGCCGGAUCCGCAUCCCGCCCGAGUCCCCCAAAUUCAUCACCGUCCCGGGGGUGGUCCAGCCGAACCGCGAACCCAAGGAGCGCGUGCGGGGCCGCCUGCCCGUGCCCAGGCGGGUGUUUGACCUGCGCAAGCUCACCGCCCCGGGCGACCGGCUGCCGCGCACCACCGCCGGCGCCGGCAGCCGCCGCAAGGAGCCCGGCGUGGACCCGCGCCUGGAGGCCGGCUACGUCGACCGCGCUAUGCCGCGCUCCCGGGCCGAGCAGACCGGCAGCCCUCCCCGCUCGUCGCUGGCCGAGUUCCGCCGCACCAUGGCCGACAGCCGGCGUGCGGCCCUGGCCGACGGCAUCGGCGGCCUGUACGAGCGCCAGAGGCGGCGCGACUCGCUCGCGCGGGCCUCGUCCAACUCCCGGCUCCGGACCCGGCUCGCGGCCGCGCGCGCCCCCGAGCCCGACGACGAGCGCCUGACGAGGCCCACGGUGCGCCGGUCGGUCCUGUCGACCGCCGUCCUGCUCGACCCGAAGCGGUUCGACCGCGCCGCCAUGUCGACCGAGCGCACAGCCGCGGUGGCUGCCGCCAAGUCGGAGGCCCGCCGCGACGCGCUGCAGGAGCUCUACAUGGCGGCCAAGAACUUCAUCGUGUCGGAGGAGGAGCUCGAGCGCCACGUCGAGACCAUGUUCCGCCCCACGUACUUCGCCGACGCGCACAAGAGCAUCCAACACACCAAGAACCUGUGGGACCUUGACGGCUCGCCCAUCACGGUCAAGGAGCUGAUGAACCAGUUCGCCAGGGCGAGCAAGGAUUCCACACCCGGCACGAGCGAAACUCGCGAGCACGCUCGACAGAAGGCUGUGGCUGAGCAGCUCACUGGCGGCAAGCUGUCAAGUUCAUAAAGACCAUCCCGUGGAGCAGGGGAUGCAUGCAUCCCUAGCCUUCGAAGUGGACGGGCAUGCUUCUCAUCAAUGUAAAUCGCUGUGUCACUCUGCUAUCGCCAUGUAACAAAACGACCUAUUCGUGAACAUGCUUCGAAAACUGGUUCGGAUUCAGUUCAACCUCAUGUUGUGCACCCUUCGAGCUUAUCUAUCGUAAAGAUAUGUCGGGGAGUUGCGAUUUUCCAACUAUAUGUUGUGUAGGCACCCAUGUAUCGAGUAGUGCCCGACGCUCAAAGGCCCUACAUGUUGCCAAGUGUAGGUCAAAUGUGAUGAAUAUUUACAUAUGUAUUGAAAUCUCACAAGGAACUGGUGGUAGGUGGAGCGAGCACAAUGGCGCUGGCUGGGGGAAGACUUCAAAUGCACGAGAUACAAAAGUAGGAGACAAAGAGCAAAAUGAGAUACAUGAAUAGCCCAGGUUUCCUCUACCUAGG